UUCGUGCCGAACACUCACGAUCGCCUUAACUUACCCGUCGCCAUCAUCUAUACGACUGCAGUGUGCUAUUGACAACAUGGGUCGGCUUGCUGAGAUGCAGAGGAAGCUUCUGGAGCAAAUGAUGGGCCCAGAGGCAAUGGGUGUUGCGAACGCGAACUUGACAUGGUCGGACGAGAAAGUCUGCAGGAACUUCCUUUGUGGGACAUGUCCCCAUACCCUCUUCACGAACACGAAAAUGGACCUCGGAGCCUGCCCCAAGUCGCACACAGAACGUCUCAAGACAGAGUUCCUCCAGGCUAAGGAAGCGAACCCGAGCGACCCCAUAUUCUCGCGCUUUCAGAUGGAGUACGAGUCGAACAUCUUCGCCUUCGUCGACGAGUGUGACCGGAGAAUCCGUGCAGCUCACAGGAGGCUCGAGAAAACACCUGAGGAAAACGCGAAGACAACAAACCUCAUGAGGGAAAUUGCUGAGAUUGAGUUGGCUAUCCAAGGAGGAACGGAGAAGAUUGAGACGCUGGGGGAGCAAGGGAAAGUAGACGAGUCGAUGAGGGAGAUGGCUGCCAUUGAGGCGUUGAAAAGCGAAAAGGCUGAUAAAGAGAGAGAGCUUCAGCAAUUGACCGACACCUCUGGAGCGUCUGGUCACCAGAAGCUCCGUGUAUGCGACGUCUGUGGCGCAUACUUGUCCGUACUUGACUCCGAUCGUCGUCUCGCUGAUCAUUUCGGUGGAAAGAUGCACCUCGGUUAUCACGAGCUGCGGAACAUGUUGGUGAAAUUCAAAGAGGAGCGCGAGAAACGCAAGAUGGGGCCUCCUUCCUCCGUGCCUUCGUCGGCGCCAGCUGGGGCGGGCAGUGGCGGUAUCCCUCCUGCACCCGGUGGUGCACCCCCAAGGGGCGAUCGCGACUUCCGCUCUUCGCGGGAUGAAUUCAGGGACCGGGGAUACGAUAGGCACGGCCCCCGUUUUGAAGAGCGUUCGCGUUCACCGGGGCGACGCCGGUACUGAUUUGUUGACUGCUUGUUGUCGUUAUUGGCUGUAUCCUAUUUUUGUGUCCAAAUUUCAGUGUCUUGUAGUUUGUUUGCUCUCCAGGGUGUAACUUCAUAUUUCAGACUAA